AUGUCAGCACUCUAUGUCCGCGCACGAGCGUUCGCAGCCAAGGGACUUGAUACACUCAACCUGAAUUUCUAUCGACUUCAUCUCCUGUACUUCACGAUCGCCCCGUUUAUCCUCGCUGCUGUAGCAUAUGCAUGCAAUGGCAUGUUUCCCGCGUCAUAUCUCGAUUUACUAUUCUGCUGUGUCAGUGCCAUGACGGGUACUGGGCUUGCAACGCUAGAUUUGAGCUCCCUGACAGCGUGGCAGCAGGCUGUACUUGUGAUUCUUGAGAUCAUUGGCAGCCCGGUCACCAUAUCGUUCAUCGUUGUAUACGUGCGCCGACGGUACUUUCAAAGACAUCUCCACUGGAUUGUGGAGUCCGAGUUCGAGCGUACGAAGACUCGGGACAUCCUCCGUGACGCGCAGAGCGACAGCGCCCCAAAACGCAAUGCACAGUUCAAGCCCUCCAUGAUUCGUCGUGUGGAUACACUACCCAAACCGAUAUCAUCAUCGAUGGAUAUGAAUGCAAUGUUCCUCGACUUCUCAUCCUCGAUCCCAGAGCAUCAUAUUGCCGGCCAGACAUUUGGCCACAGUGAUCAGGUGCAGCAACGUGUUAACCUUGCACCUCGGCGAGAACUCACUCGCCGCACAACAAUCGAAGUCAUUGAUCCAAAUCACAACCAAGACGAUGAAUUUGGCGGGUUCAGAAAUCCGUUAGAGCUCAUCGCUCGCCUCUUCCGCAGACUGUUCCCUAACAUACAGAAAAAACUCAAACGCUCAAUGACGAUGCCAACCGAGUCGAAGUUAGUGCCAGACGAUACCAAUGUGGAUCUUCAGGGCGAUCGUCCAGUGUCAUAUUUCUCAUUCAAUGCCAGAGUGCGCAAGAACUCAGUGUUUUAUGGGCUUUCCGACAGCGACUGCGAGGAACUAGGUGGAGUCGAGUACAGAGCGCUGACUGCUUUAUUGUGGAUCGUGCCCUUGUACGCUGUUGGUUCACUUGGGACCGCGUUUGUAGUCACUGCACCAUAUAUGUCACUAGCAAGAUGGAAGGAUAAUUUCCAGCCACCUCAGCAGCAUCGUGUGAUCAAUCCAGUGUGGUACUCAAUCUUCGAAGUCAUUGGCGCUUGGGCCAACACAGGCCUGUCCCUGGUUGACCAGGGUCUAAUUCCGUUCCAGACCGCAUAUCCCAUGUUGAUAUUCCUCAUCUGGGUGGUGAUCGCUGGAAACACUGGAUACCCUGUUCUAUGGGGAAUAUUCAAAUCCGUUCCGAAGACUUCACAGAUGCGCGAGACACUUCAGUUUCUCCUCGAUCACCCCCGACGAUGUUUCAUCUACCUCUUCCCAUCGCGCCAAACCUGGUUCCUUCUCAUCAUGCUGAUUUUCCUCAAUUUGACGGAUUGGUUCCUGUUUUUGGUGCUGGAUAUUGGAAAUGCGACUGUGGAAGCUAUCCCGGUUGGCACGAGACUGAUCGUGGCCGCCGUACAAGCCGUUGCUGUGCGUCUUGCAGGGUUCCAAUCUGUCCCAAUUGCGGUCUUGGCUCCUGCAGUCAAAGUGCUCUACGUCGUGAUGAUCGUGCGUUCAACCAACGUGUACGAAGAACGAUCACUGGGCGUGUCUGAAACGGUGAUUGGAGACGAUGGGGAUAUAGAGGAUGAAGCGAACUAUCCUCAGACAGACUCGCGUGUGGCAAUCUGGGGCCGAUACCUUGGGCGUCAUGUCAAGCGGCAGCUAGCGUUCGACAUGUGGUGGCUUGCGCUUGCACUUUUCUUGAUAUGCAUCAUCGAGAAGAACCAGCUGAGCGAUUCUGCUAACGAAUCGUGGUUCAAUCUGUUCUCUAUGAUCUUCGAGAUAGUGUCUGCAUAUGCAACAGUAGGUCUAAGCUUAGGCAUACCCACGGCGAACUUCUCUCUCUCUGGCGCAAUGCACGCUCUUUCCAAGCUCAUCCUUUGCGCUGUCAUGAUCCGUGGACGCCACCGUGGGCUUCCAGUCGCACUCGAUCGUGCGAUUAUGCUUCCAAAAGAAUUUCUGGAUAUGGCUAGUGAGAAGGCAUUGCAGAUGAAACGGAGACAAGUCGGACAAUCAAGAGACCGAAACGCACGUAGGCGGCGCUUAAGUGCAUAG